UCACAAGCGGCAUAAUUCAACCGUUCAACCGAUCGAAGCGUUCGCCGUUCACUAAUCAUUGUCAGACCAGUCACCAGGUGUGUCGUUUGUCAGUCCCGAGUUGCACGCUUUUUCGAACGUUCCGUUCGUUAUCUCGUCGCCCGUUCAUCGAGUAAUUUGGAUUUCCUUCACCGUCCAACACUAAAAUGGUUUACCUCGUCACCGACGCCGCCGACUUAGCUGCCAAGCUGACCGACGCCAAGGGAAAGUUAGUAAUCAUCGACUUCUUUGCCAAAUGGUGUGGUCCGUGCAAACUGAUUGCUCCAUAUAUUGAAGAGUUGGCAAACGAAUUCCCAGAUGUUGUUAUGUUAAAAGUUGACGUUGACGAAUGCGAAGAAGCUUCAUUGGAAUACAACAUUCAAUCAAUGCCUACCUUUGUCUUUGUAAAAUCUAAAGCUGAGGUUGAUCGAUUUUCCGGGGCAAACAGAGACAAGUUAAAGGAAACCUUAGUAAAGAACAAAUAAUACCAACGCUGGCGUCAACCAAAAACACCAGAACAUGGGCCUACUUAAAACAAUAUUAUAAAUUAAAAACAUUUUUUUUUUUUACACUGAAAUAGAAUAAUAGAUUUUAUGUUAUUUGCAAAUUAUAUUUGGAAAAAAUUAUUACAAAAAUACAAUAAAUUUAUAUAUUAUAAUAUUUA